AUGACCAGUUCUGAGUCUAUUGAGUACAACCCACCCAAGUUCUUCUUGGCAGGUCUGCACCAGGUAACUGAAACCAUCAGAAGGUGUCCACUGCUGUGGAAUACAGAUUUGGAGAAGUGUAGGGACAGCAAUUUAAAGGACACAGCAUGGGGUGAAAUAGCAGAGCAACUGGGACAAAAUAAGGCGAAUUUGAAAGAGGAAUGGAGGAAAUUACGUGACCACCACCACCAAGCUCUCUUCCAGAAGAAGAUCAAGUCAGGCCAGUCAGCUACAAAAUUCAAGCCAUGGAAAUAUGAACAACAAAUGGAAUUCCUCGUUACAACAGUGAAACAUAGGAAGUGUGACACUAAUAUCCCUCCAAUGGACCAAAGUGUUGUUGGGGGAACAGUCCCUGACUGCGACCGUCCUCUCACUCCAGGAGAUGAAAGCAUUACUGAUAUAGAGGAGAAUGAAGAGAUUUGUCCCCUUCCCUCUACUAAUGCGUCAACACCAGGUGAAUCCCGUAACCAUCACCACAGGCAUAUGGACAAAUUAAUUAAUUAUUUGCAAGAAAAACCGAGCACCAAAAGACGUGCACCAAAAGCUGAUGACUUGGACUUAUUUUUUGCCAGUACUUGCAAGUCCAUUCGUUUGCUCCCUCAUUUUUUGCAUGAAAAAUAUUUAAAAUUGGCCUUUAUGAUUCCUUUGUACAUCAAGGAAAAUAACAUCUUUUUUAGAAAAUUUAAUGUAAUUGUGUAGAUAAAAUAUAAACACAUCAAAUGGGAGUAGGGGAACACACAUGUACAAGAUAUCACAGGUUGUAAGCUUUUGGAGCCAGUGGCUCCUUCUUGCAGCAGAGGGGUUGAAGGGGAAGGAGGAGAGGUGAAGGAAUAGGGCUGGUGAGGUUUAGAAAAAUGAGUAGAGUUCAGAAAAGUUGCAAAGAACCCUGGGUCAGAGGAGACCUACCAAAUGGGAUGAGAAGGAAAGACUGAGUGAGUGUCUAUGCCGAACUCUGCCCCUUUUCCUAAACUUCACCAGUCCUUUUACUUUCACCACUCUCACUUCCCUUUGAACCCUUCUGCCAGAAGCAGCAGCCACUGGCUGGCCUUUUUCUGCCUUGGUAAAGGAUUACUCCAAAAGCUAGCAAGUUUUCUUAUUUUCUGUGUGUAGGCCUAUUGACGACUCAAGCUUCUUCUUUUUUGUGAGUAGUCACCUGUAAUCCAAAAGUAUUUACAUUCUGCCACAACUUUCCUACAACAUUUUAAAAUACGUUUAAUAAGCCCAGUGGCCAGCUUGACAGUCUCUUGCUGAUCAAUUGGCAAAAAUAUUGAAAAUGAAAGGUUUCUACCAUUGCUGACUCUUGUCUUCCUAUGUGGUCUUUUCAAAACUGAUGCAGAUCAUAUGGGUGACAGAUCCUGAAAUGAUUUCCAAUGGAUAAUUUUACCACCUGGGUCUGCUCCGAGACUUCAUUUCUCCAAGCUUGUGAGCUUUGGAAUAUUAUGAAGUGCCCUACCUUGACUUUGCGGAGGUCCUUUAGCACCACAUAGCUGGACUGAAACAUGAUUAUUAAAAUCAGUUUCUUUCUGUUACUGUAAAAGUGUGAAACAUGAAUAAUGAGAACCAGGUGAAGAAGAAUAUAUAAUGACACUGUAUCUACACAAUAAUUAAUA